AGUUUGCUUGGUAUAGUAUAAAAGUGAACGCGUGUGCUUUAGAAGUUACUCUGUAAAGAUAAUCUAUUAACCUAACAUGUAUUCUAAGGUCGUUAUUUUACUCUGUGCCGCGGGCAUUGCUUCCGCUGGUAACCUACUGCAUGCGGCACCCGUGGCAUACAGCGCACCCGCCACUUCUGUUUCUUAUUCUACCACGACUACCACUCAUGGAGCUCCAGUAGCAGCAUAUGCUGCAGCUCCAGUAGCAACGUACUCUACCUCUCCAGUAGCAACGUACUCUGCUGCUCCAGUAGCAACGUACUCUACCGCUCCAGUAGCAACGUACUCUACCUCUCCAGUAGCAACGUACUCUGCUGCUCCAGUAGCAACGUACUCUACCGCUCCAGUAGCAACGUACUCUACCACUCCAGUAGCUUCGUAUGCUGCGGCUCCUAUUGUAUCGUACGCGGCGCCGGUUGGAGCUAAGACAGUUGCGACACCUAUCACUACAUACGGCGCUGCUCCUGCCUCAGCAGUCUCCUAUCAAUCAGUGUCUACUCACACCAGUCCAGUUGCAUACACCGCUCCCGUAUUUGCAAAGACCUACGCCGCACCUGCACCUGUAUUAGCAAGUUCUUACGCCGCUGCUGCGCCAGUCGUAGCCAAAACUUAUUCAGUACCGGCUGUUACAAGUUACGCAGCUCCAGCUAUAUCGUAUGGCUCGUUGGCAACACAAGCUGCACCAGUAGCUACAUACGCCGCUGCUCCCGCUUACUCAUCGUAUUCUGUGGCCCCUGCAAUCUCUUAUGCCGCUGCACCAGCUAUUUCUUACGGAUAUGGAGGCGCUCACGGAUGGUAAUUUACUCAAUAAGCAAAUGUUUGUAUAUAUAUUUUCACUGUAAUAUACUUUUAUAAAUGUAAAA